AUAUUUUUCACAGAAACAUGGCGGACGAAGAGUUAGAGGCACUGAGGGCCCAAAGAAUGGCCCAACUACAGUCCCAAUAUGGGGGAGGAGCUGGUCGACAAGGCCAGGAAGAACAAGAGGAGAAGGCCAGACAGAUGCAGGACAUGAAGAAUUCUAUCCUGAGCCAAGUUUUAGACCAACAAGCCAGAGCUAGAUUAAAUACAAUAGCAGUAGCUAAGCCAGAAAAAGCUCAAAUGGUGGAAAAUAUGCUCUGUCAAAUGGCACAGACAGGACAAAUUCAAAAUAAGAUUGGUGAACAACAACUGAAAAGUUUGUUAGAAAGAGUUUCAGAACAGACAGCCAAGAAAACCACUGUGAAGUUUAAACGGAGAGGACUGGAUGAUUCAGAUGAAGACUAGAGUGAGAGAUUUGGUGUGUCAUCAAAUGCUAGUUCUGAAUGACUUCUUGUGACUUGUGUGCUUAGAAAUAUAUAUAUAUUUUAUGCUUAUAAUUCAGCAGUGUGUAAUACUGCACUGUGUAGAAACCUGAACUUAGUGUAAGAGGAAGUGUCCUGCUGGCUUUGAGGUUAAAGAAAGUGCCCCACUGACAUAAAGGAAGGAGGAAAUGUUAUGUAGACUUUAGAGGAAAUAUUCUUCUGACUUUGAAGUCAGGGAAAAUGUCCAACAGGCUUUGAUGUUGGAAGAAAUGUCCUGCAGGCCUUGAAGUUGGAGGAAAUAUCUUAUAGGUUUUGAAGCUGGAGGAAAUUUCCUACAAUCUUUGAGUUUGGAGGAAAUGUCCUAAAGGCUUUGAGGUUGGAGAAAAUGUCUUACAGGGUUUGAGGUUGGAGAAAAUGUCUUACAAAAAUUAUUGGCCGAGGAAAUAUUCUAUAGCUUUUGAGUUUAUAGGAAAUGUUCCACUUGCUUUAUUAUAUCUUUACAUGUCCAUAUUAAAGUCUGGAAGAAUGAAACCUCAGCCAAUCUUACAGUGUCAGUUAUUACAUGUUGUUAAACCCAAUGAAUCUGAUCCAGUUCCAUUAAAUUAUUUAUUAUCUUUCAA